GUGUGAACAUUUCCUCCCUUAAGCUAUUUCUAAGGUCAAAAUAGGUUUUAACUUUUCUUAAGUGACCCCACACGUUUAUGCAAUAUCACAAGAAAUGUACAUCUUUAUCAAUUUCAUCGGAAAAGGGCUUUAUCAAUUUCAUCGGAAGGUUUUGAAACAAGUUAAAACUGCAGCUCGUAGUCAGGAAAACACUGAAGUGGCACCAUGAGCAAUUGCUAUAGGAGAAUGGUAGCUCCUCCCUGUUGCUAUGUGACUGCCGAAUGGCUGAAGCUUUCUGCAUCCCUAUUAUCUCUGUCCACAAACAACAUCAGAUAAGGUCAGCAGGUGAGAGGAGUCCACCAAGCCGUCGAUUGAUUUUUAGAAAGGCAAAGCUUGAUGGAAGGGCAACACACAGGUUUUUCUGUACUGGACACAAGGACGCUGCUGGAGGAAGUGGUCAACACACCAUUAAAAAACACACCUCACUCGGAGCCUCUGCAGUGACAAAAAUGGCGCCAGCGACGCUCAUUACGAACCUCACGCAGCAGUGGCAGGAGAGCCUGCUGAGGUGGCACCUCGGUUACUUUCUGAUCCCAACCACGGUCAUCACUGUGGCCACCUUGCUGGCCAACCCCGUUCUCCUGGCGUGCAUCUUGCUGUCCCGCGCCCUGCGCCAGGAGACGCGUUACCUGCUGUUGGCCAACACCCUCGCCGCAGACGUGCUCUUCCUCCUCCUCACCCUGGCCACAUUCAUCUGUAACGCAACCAGCGCCCAAAUGCCCGGGCUGGUCUGCGAGCUGAUCACAGCCGCCACCGUCACCCUCUACACCUGUGUCAUCCUCACCAUCACCCUCAUGGUGGUCGACACCUACGCUGCGGUCCGCUGGCCUCUCCGUUACCACAGCAUCCUUUCGCCUGGCCGCACCCACUGCGUACUGCUGGGCGUGUGGCUGCUGGCGGCCGUUUACCCUCUCAGCCUGAUGAUCAUGACGGAGGUGAAGAGGGAAGAUCCGCGCGAAACGGUGGCCGUGUGUCUGGUCCUCAUCUCCCUCGGCUUCGUUCAGCUCAAGAACAUCGGGGGGAUCCACGUCCACUUCUUCGUGGCCGCUCUCUUUUGUGCCGUGCUCAUUUCUUUCUGCUACAUUCGUCUCUACAUGGUGACGAGGACUCAGGGCAUCUGGCGGAGCCGCUUCUCCAGGGCCCGGGUCACCGUGCUGGCCCAUGGGGUUCUUCUGCUGCUCUACUUUACCCCGGGCUUUGUCUUCACCCUGGAGCUCUUCCUGUUCCAGAAUAAGGACAUAAGUGUGGAUCUACGCGUGUGGAUCUGCACGCUCAACGCGUGUGUUUUCAUGUUGCUACCCCGGGCGUUUGCUCCGUACCUGUACGGGCUGAGGUACAGGGAGAUCUCUCACUCUCUAAUGCAGCGACUGCACCAGCACAAAAGACUCAGCAAGGUCACGGCUUCAUGAGGAAACUCGCAAACACUCCAUUACUCAAACAUCUUUAAUGGAAUAUAUAUCAGUGAAGAUAUCUUCUCGGCCCCCUCCCAAAAAAAAACUAAGAUGGAACUGCAAAGUCAGAAGAAGUCAACAACCCCAGAGUGGAUUUACUUUUAAUGGACUAGAAAUUUAUUUUUCCACAUCAAUAUGUUUGUUUUAAAUAUUGUGUUUGCUGGUGUAUAUAUUUGGUCUAAUAAAAAUCCCCAAGAACAUGAAGAAAAACUUUAAUAUUUUCAGCCUUCAGCUAUCAUAUUAAAGAACAUUGGCUGCUUUAUAUGUGUCUAAAUUUAGAACAUGAACUCCUCCUGAACUGAAAUUCCAUGAAACAAUACUCUUCUCAAUGGA